CAAUCUGUAAGGAAAGUGAGUAGAGAGGGAGAUACGUGGAGAUUGAUUAUAUGAGAUGUAAAGAUGGCAAGAAUAGUUAAAAGUAUGCUUGUUCUAUAAAACGUUAGUGUUAUUUGUGAUUUGCUUUGUUGGGAUAGUUAUAAGAGAGGGUCCGAGAUGAGAAAGAAUGCAAAGGUUUGUAGAUACAUUUGUUAGGUUAGUUUUAGUAACUAAACAAUGUGGACUUUAAGUAGCUUAAUAUGGAAGCAGGUGAGUGUUGUAUUGUCUGUCCACUCGAUAAAUUAAUUAUAUAAAAAGGGCAGAAGAGGAGAGGUGUGAAACCUCUUCACUGAGGACUAAAGCAUGGGAAACUGCACCAAGCCAUCCAUGAAAAACAAAAUUAACAAGGUAAGAGAAAUAUAUUCAAAAGUCAGGGCCUAUGUAUUGGUGGACUGAGUGUUAAUUGUAAUAUUGAAAUGAGUUUGACAGGAAUCAUACUUUAAAGCUUAAUAACUUGUAGAUAUAUUGUAAAGACAGUAUAAUCAGUAUUUCAAUAAUAUUAUAUUAUUAUUACACUUCAGUAGGACAUGUCAAACAAAUUGACUAAACUGUGCUUAAUUAGAUUAUGUCUCAAGUAAAAUGUGGCCCCACCCUAAGGGUGUGGCUGAGGGUAAAGGGGCUGGGCCAAAGGCACCAGAGCCCCGCCCACCCGGAGAAGCAGACGGAGAAAAUGAAGUAACUUCUGAGUUUAAGGGGCCCCUGAAUGCACUAGUCCAAAACUGCACCAUGCUACAUAACAUCGUUGGACCAGCAUGCAUCUUCCUAAGACAGGGCUUCGCAAAGUCACAGCUCGACAGGGAGCUGAGGCCAGAGGAGAUAGAAGAACUAAGAGAAGCCUUUAAGGAGUUUGAUAGGAACAAAGGUUACAUCAACUGCCGGGACCUGGGCGAAUGCAUGCGGACGAUGGGAUACAUGCCGACAGAGAUGGAACUCAUUGAACUGAGUCAACAAAUAAGUGGGGGUAAAAUUGACUUUGAGGACUUUGUGGAGCUCAUGGGGCCCAAAAUGCUGGCAGAGACAGCAGACAUGAUCGGAGUCAAGGAGCUCAGAGAUGCCUUUAAAGAGUUUGACUCCAAUGGUGAUGGGCAAAUCAGCGUCACAGAACUGAGAGAAGCCAUGAAAAAGCUAAUGGGGGAGCAGCUGAAUCCCAGGGAUAUUGACGAUAUACUUCGUGAUGCCGACCUCAAUGGGGACGGACUUGUUGAUUUUGAAGAGUUUGUGAGGAUGAUGUCACGCUGACAGAAAGACUUUAUUUUCAUCACGAGACUCUAAGAGGGUCACAUGGUGCAGCUAUCUGAAUGUUUUCGAUAUGACUCAAGAGAUACCAGUUGUAAAAAUUACUUUUAAUUUUAUUUAUGAUGUAAGCUUUAUUAAGAGCUGUUUCUCCUUUUAAUAAAGUAAUGCCGUAAAUGUACUAUUUAAUUGGUAUUUUCAAAGAUAUAUUUGUCUGGUUAUGAGUGAACUGAAUUUGUAUAGUUUUUUUUUUUUUUUUUUUUUUUUAUAAAAUCAUUUGAUUACAGUGAUUUAUUAAUUACCUGUUUGUGUCUCUUCUUAUCA